CCUCCCUUCCUUCCCUCCUACACACACACACAUGUAUUUAUAUGUUUUCUGUACCCAUUAAACCCCUCCUCCGAUUACAACGCUCUCUUUAACCCUCAUCAAAAGCCCCCGUCUCUCUAAAAUAAUCUCAUGUCUUUGUCUUCAUAGAGUUAAACUUCUUCUUCUUCUUCUUCUUAUUGUUAUUGUUACCAGAAUAAAAUGGAGGUGAUAAACGGAGAACUCCUCAAGCCUGCUGGCGAAGAGAAAUUAGGAAUCAAGGUAACAGAGUCAAACGGGGUUGUGGAUAAAGAGAUUAUUAAAACAAGAUACGAAAACGAGAAUCUCUCCAGUUCCGUCCAUUUCUCUCCAAGUUCGAAUUCAAAUGUUAACCAGGAUGAUCCAGCUGGAGAUACCACCAAGCCAGAAGAUAUUAUAGCCGUUACACCCAAAAUCAACGGCUAUAAGCAAACAAUCCAGCCUGAUUUUCAUCUCCCAAAGCCAGAGGCGCCUCCAGGUCUCUCACCUUCACCUCCAUCUCAACCAUACGAAAACGGCAACGCUGUAGUCCGAUCCAAAUCCUUGUCUGAGAGUUUCACGGCGGUCGACAUGCCGUCUAUCGGAAAAUUCAUCAAGGACCGAAGCAACAGCUUAUCGGAAACGAUUUCGAAAAGAUUUUCCUCUCUGAAAUUCGACGACGGUGAUGACGAUUACAUGAAUAAUAAGGUGAAAUCAUUCGACUCAGGCGUGACAGAGUUCAAAAUAUCGGGACUCAAAGUUGUAGUGAUGCUCAAGAACAACGAAAAAGAGGAACAAAUUAAAGGACGGGUUAGUUUCUUUUCAAGGUCAAAUUGCAGAGAUUGCACUGCAGUCCGCUCGUUUUUCAGAGAGAGAGGAUUAAAAUUUGUUGAAAUCAACAUCGACGUAUAUCGGCAGAGGGAGAAAGAAUUGAUUGAGAGAACCGGAAGUUCUCAAGUACCGCAGAUAUUCUUCAACGACAAAUUAUUUGGCGGUCUGGUAGCGUUGAAUUCGUUGAGGAACAGUGGAGGUUUUGAGGAGAGGUUGAAGGAGAUGCUAGGGAAGAAAUGUUCAGGUGAUGCGCCUGCACCGCCAGUGUAUGGAUUUGAUGAUCAUGAGGAGGAAUCAACGGACGAGAUGGUUGGGAUUGUGAAGGUUUUGAGGCAGAGAUUGCCAAUUCAGGACCGUCUGAUGAAGAUGAAGAUAGUUAAGAAUUGUUUUGCUGGGAAAGAGAUGGUCGAGGUGCUCAUUCACCACUUCGAUUGCGGCAGGAAGAAGGCUGUUGAGAUUGGUAAGCAGCUGGCCAGGAAGCACUUCAUUCAUCAUGUUUUCGGGGAAAAUGAUUUUGAAGAUGGAAACCAUUAUUAUCGUUUCCUUGAGCAUGAACCAUUUAUUCCAAAAUGCUACAAUUUCAGAGGGUCUACGAAUGACAGUGAGCCUAAGCCCGCAGUUGUGGUUGGACAAAGACUCAACAAGAUAAUGUCUGCGAUACUAGAGUCAUACGCUUCAGAUGAUAGGCGCCAUGUUGAUUAUGCUGGCAUCAGCAAAAGCGAGGAAUUCAGAAGAUAUGUCAAUUUGGUUCAAGAUCUUCACAGGGUGGAUCUCUUAAAGCUCUCACAAGAUGAGAAACUGGCAUUCUUCUUGAACUUGCACAAUGCUAUGGUCAUCCAUGCUAUAAUUAGAGUAGGAUGUCCUGAAGGGGCAAUCGAAAGGAGAUCCUUCUCUUCCAACUUUCAAUACAUUGUAGGAGGGUCUUCCUACUCUCUAAAUACAAUUACAAAUGGAAUCCUCAGAAGCAAUAGAAGAUCUCCCUAUUCAUUAGUCAAGCCAUUUGGCACUGGAGACAAACGCUUAGAGGUUGCUCUUCCUAAAGUGAAUCCAUUAAUUCAUUUUGGACUCUGCAUUGGUACAACAUCAAGCCCCCCAGUGAGGUUUUUCACAUCCCAAGGAAUCGAAGCUGAAUUAAGAUGUGCUGCAAGAGAAUUCUUCCAAAGGAGUGGAAUGGAGGUGGACUUGGAAAAGAGGACAGUUUACCUUACACGGAUCAUCAAGUGGUUCAGUGGUGAUUUUGGCCAAGAGAAAGAAAUCCUGAGGUGCAUUAUCAACUACUUGGAUGCAACUAAAGCAGGUCUGCUAACACAUCUUCUGGGAGAUGGAGGCCCUGUUAACAUUGUGUACCAAGAUUAUGAUUGGUCCAUCAAUUCCUAAAUAUCCCACAGCGCUAGCUGUCGUCGCGGAGAUUUAGGCAGAGAGGAACUGCACUGGCCAGAGAUAUCUGUAUAUAAUACCAUGAAAUUUGAAACCCAUCACCUAGCUAUGAUCAGAGGUUUGAAAUCAGAAGAAUAUAGGGAAAUUAUUGAUUCACAAGAAGGCAUAAGCCACUGUUGGUGCUUGUGUUUAUUUCUAAAUGCGAACUUUCUUGAUAUAUGUAGAAAGGAAAGCAAUGUUGCCGCAAACUUUUUGCCA